AUGUCUGAAACAGACCUGCAAGAAUUGAAUGAACUGUUCGCAGUCGGAGACAAAGAACUCGAACCCGAUGUUGUCGCCGAACUCCAGUCCAUCAUGCGAAUGCAUUCGCUGUCUCCGCAGGACCUGUUCUUCAAGUGGGAGUCCUACUGCAUAAAGAUGGACAUGGAUGAGAUGAGGUUGUCCGUCCAAACCUUACGGGCAUUGAAGCAAGACAUACAAGAUGCCCUGGAGCGAAGCAACCGCUCGCACCACGUCCACAUCAAGACAGAGAAGCGGUCAGGCUCAACUCCCCGCGCAGCUGUCAAGAAUGGAGGCGAUGUAUUCGGCAUGUUGGACGGCAUGGUCCCUAAUACGCCAGCGACGGGGAAGCUGAACAAGAGCGCAGCGAAAAGGAGAAACCAGCUCGAGACUCCUUCCAUGUACCGAGUCAAGGGUAAUAUUCCUAGCAGCUCACCAGACUACAAGAGCCCUAUGCGAUUAGAAAACCAACUACUAGACUCUAUGAACGCAAUCCCGCCGUCUUCAUUCAACGAUCGGCAGAACCCGGGUGAUGUAAUUGAGGUUCUAAAUGAACAUCUCAAGCCUGCGGAUCCUCCAAUCGCACCGUACCCAGAGUCAAGAAUCAAAUUGACGGCCGCUUCAGACCAGAAGAAACUGGGCUACAAGACCUUGGCCAUGAAGUCGUCGGAAGCAUCGGAGAUUCUGGAUGACCGGAUAGACGAGUUCGCAAUCCUGGUGAGAGAUCAUCAUAAACUGGACGAGAGCGAGUUUGGCAGCGCCGCCAGCCAGAGCACGACUGAGAUUGUAGCUGUUGGCCGAAUCGCGUCAGAUUCGUCCGAAGGCAAGCUGAACGCCGCAUCGCUCGUAAUGGAGACGGCGAGACGAACGGGGGGAGGUCGCAGGAUCCCGCUGAAUCUGCAGAAGCUCAACGGACGAUACCAGUUCUUCCCCGGACAGACCGUCGCAUUCAAGGGCAUCAACUCGGCAGGGCACGAGUUUGUAGUUCACGAGGUGAUGGAGAUACCCCUGCUGCACAAUGCCGCCUCAUCACCAGCCGCCAUCGACGCGCACAGGGAGAAGCUCCGAGGAGGUCCGGACGCGAUGGACUCGGACGACGAGCCCGCACCCCUGAACGUUAUCUUCAGUUCGGGCCCCUACUCAGCCGACGACAACCUCGACUUCGAACCGCUGCACGCCCUCUGCAGCCAGGCCGCUGACACGUACGCCGACGUGCUCGUGCUGACGGGGCCCUUCAUCGACGUCGACCACCCGCUCAUCGCAACGGGCGACUUCGACCUGCCCGAGGACGCGACCAUCGACCCGGACACGGCGACCCUGACGACCGUCUUCAAGUACAUGAUCUCGCCGGCGCUGAACCGGCUGGCCGCCGCGAACCCCAGCGUCACGAUCCUGCUGAUCCCGUCGGUGCGCGACGCCAUCGCCAAGCACGUCGCCUGGCCGCAGGAGCCGUUCCCGCGCAAGGAGCUGGGCCUGCCCAAGACGGCCAAGAUCAUCGGCAACCCGAUGACGCUCUCGGUCAACGAGACGGUUUUGGGCUUGUCGUCGCAGGACGUCCUGUGGGACCUGCGGCACCAGGAGCUCGUGGGCCCGCGCGCCGCCGACCCGAACCUGCUUUCGCGCAUCGCGCGCUACCUGAUCGAGCAGCGCCACUACUACCCCGUGUUCCCGCCCGUCGACUGUUCGAAGCUGCCCAAGGCCGGCACGGAGGAGGGGCUGCCGACAGGCGCCAUGCUCGACACGAGCUACUUGAAGCUCGGCGAGAUGGUCAACGUACGGCCUGAUGUCGUGGUCGUGCCUAGUGCGUUGCCGCCGUUUGCAAGGGUCGUAGAAAGUGUGCUGGUAAUCAACCCGGGCUACCUCUCGAAACGGAGAGGCGCGGGCACAUAUGCGCGCAUGACACUCUAUCCGCCCAAGCUGACGGAGGAGGAGGCUACCAGCGGCAGCAUGGUUGGCCACAGAGUGUUUGAGAGAGCGAGGGUGGAGAUCACGAGGAUAUAA